AGUCAUCCUGGCUCAGACAUUUUAACGUUUUGCUAUACAAUCUGAGCACACGGACCGACUGGAGGACGCGGAAUCGCCCUGCUGAGGGAUAGAGAGCAGGUUUUACGCACGAGUCUGGAGAGCAGAGCGCAUUUUGUUUCCAAGAGGGGAUCUAAAGAUGAAUGACACGGACAAAAUCUGCAAAAACAACACAUCAUCCAACUUUAGCGAUCAGUCAUGUCUAACGCCAACUGCCGCGCCGUACAGCCCCAUCGACAUCACCACCUUCAUGCACAUUUUCCCCUCCAUCUACGGGAUCCUGUGCUCCGUCGGAGUCAUCGCCAACGCGCUGGUGAUCUACGCGGUGGCAGCGUGCAAGAAAAAGAUGGUCUCGGACAUUUACGUGCUGAACUUGGCCAUAGCUGACAUGCUGUUCCUUCUGGUUAUGCCCUUCAACAUCCACCAGCUGGUCAGGGACAGGCAGUGGGUCUUCGGAAACUUUAUGUGCAAGGCGGUGGUGGUGGUGGAUGUCAGCAACCAGUUCACCACUGUGGGGAUCGUUACAGUGCUGUGCAUUGAUCGUUACAUCGCUAUUGUGCAUCCCAGCUCGGAGAGGAGGACCGUGGAGUGGACUAUCAUAAUCAACAUGCUGGUGUGGGUGGGCAGCUUCCUCCUUACCGUGCCCGUCAUGAUUUACGCCAAAGUGGUCCACAGGCAGCACUUGCAGGUGUGCAUGAUGUACCUGGAUGGGCCUGGGGACAUGUACUGGUACACUCUCUACCAGUCCAUCCUGGGCUUCAUCAUUCCACUCAUCAUCAUCAGCACCUUCUACUCACUCACCCUCUACCACGUGUUCAGCUCCAUCCGCCGGGUCAAGCGCAAGCAGUCCGUGUGGGCGAAGAGGGCUACGAAGAUGGUGCUCAUGGUCAUCGCCUUGUUUCUGAUUUGCUGGUCGCCCUACCAUGUCAUCCAGGUGAUCAACCUGAGCAACAACCGGCCCACCAUUGCCUUCGUCUACGCGUACAACAUCAGCAUCUGCCUCAGCUACUCGCACAGCUGCAUCAACCCGCUCAUGCUGCUCAUCUUCGCCCAGAAUUACCGCGAACGCCUGUGCCGGCGGAACGCGCUGCACAGCUCGCAGCAUUCGUCCAAGGUCACCGUGGUCAAAAACGAUGGCUCCAGCACGGCAAACGACCCCAACUACCGCAUCACCGUCAUCUAGUCUGGGCGAUAAGUGCUUGAAUACAGUGUAACAAAUAGGAGGUGUACAGCUUUUUAGUAUUGUAAAUUAAUUUGCUAAUAUGCAGAAAAAAAAUCUUGAAGCAACAUCAUUAAAUCCAGCUUUUAUAAAAUUAACUCUAAAUAAAGGCACUGUAAUUUUUGGAUAAACCCUCAGAAACCACAAACUACACACAGCUGCUCAGCUCAUGAUAGAGUAAAUUCCUCUGCGCAGCUUCACUGGUCAUUUCACUAGUACCUACUGUGGCGUCUUCUGUCUGAACAGACCCAAUCUGCUGUAAGUAAUCCAAUUAAGAAGUUGCUAUAAGGGCUUAUGAUUUGAAACCAGCUGCUUCAGUAAUCCAGAGUUUACUGACACAAAGCAGAUAUGAGCUGUUCUGUUUUGAAAUAGAGCAGCUGGAAGUCUUAAAACCGCUUGUCAUGAUUUUAAAACGUUAAAGCUCAGGAAAUAUAUAUAUGUAUAUUUAUAUAUACAUAUAUUAUGUAUCUAUAGAUCUAUAGAUAUAUAAUAUAUAUAUAUAUAUA